AAUAAAGACAAAUACUGAACAAUCUGUUGCCGAUCUACAGAAAUUGGAUGUUGUUAGCAAUGCCCCGCCAAGAAGAGUUGAUGCGGGACAGCUUGAAGUUCCCCAAGAGACCACGAUAGCCCAGCUAGACGAAAUCGACUCCAGAACGGCCGCAAAAAUUGCCGGCAUCCAACGACGCAGAAAACGCCGGCGGUGGAAAUUUAGAAGCAAGCAAGCAGCCAAGCGCCUUUUGAAGAAUGAACACGUGCCCAAGCCCCCUGACGAACCUCGUCCUUUUCCAAUGGACAAGAAAACGGAGGGCAUCACGUUAAAAAAACGUAGUGACGCCGCCAGUGUGUUGGAGAGGUUAGACCUUCUAGUAAAGCUAUGCGAGGCCCGCGGCGGAGAUACGGCGACACUAGCCGAGAAGCUGGCGUCCAUGCGCACUGUAUGGCAACGGGUGCAGCAGGAGAGUACAAGUGGCAAAAUCAACAAGUCCAAGUCGCCAUUGAUAGAGACCCAAUGGGACGUUGUGUUCUUUGGCAAACCCUCAUCUUGUCAGAAUCGACGGCUAAAUAAACCAGAGUUUCUCAUGCGGCGUUCCAUCUGGGAUUCUUAUAUAACUCAUGGAAAACGAGGCUCCUGUAUACCUCGCGGAUGGGUGCUGCCAACCCAAGAGCCGACCAGUGAGUGGGUAGAGUACAGAGCUAAAUAA